AUGCCACACAACAGGAGAUUGGGCCACACUUUGUUUCCCAUUAUUUAUGCAUUGAUUAUGAUAGCAGCUGCUGUCAGAUUGAUGCCUGCAUGCCUGGCCAGUGAAAGUGCAAAUAGUGGGUAUGGUGUGUCAGGAUUGGCGAAGGAGAGUUCUGUUGACAAGGAACAAGAGUGGGCCUUAAACAGUGGCAAGGCCUACACUGCUGGACAGAUGCCACAGGCCACCUUGGAUUUCAGCCUGCCAGUGGAUGGCCAUAAAGAUUGGCAGAACAUCGCAAGAGGUCGACAUCCUUAUCUCGCAUUUAUUCUGAAUGCUAUGAGGGAGCCUGUUUGUGGAGGCAUUAUCGUGCGAGGAAAUUAUGUCCUAACAGCAUACCACUGCAUAUGGGUUGUUGGAUCGAAUGCUCUUGUGGCCCUGGGUGCAACUGGCACCUAUGAAAAUGGCACUGUGAUGGCUGAAAAGAUAGUGCGGGCUGAGGAAACUCACUACCAUCCUUCACAUCCACUGGAAGGGACAGAUUCAACUGAAGUAGCUGAUCUGAAAUCAGUUGAUAUUGCGCUCCUGAAGGUCAAUGUCGAAGGAGUGCUGACCUCUGAUGAUAUAGCGCCAACUGCAGACCCUGAGUAUAAUGGAGUUUUCAAUAGUGCGUUAGUCUUUGCCUUCCGUCUGGAACCAAGGAAUGAUGCAAAAAGGAGGUCCAUCCAGGUUGCUUCGUUCUUUGUUGGCGAUAAAGACCCCUGCCACACAAUGUCAGAGCCUGGACCUCAUACAAUGUGUCUCACCUCAUCUUUUGCCAGCAUGCCAAGAGGCAGCUCAGGCUUUCCAGUACUGUACAUGGAUUUGGGGGCCAGUCCUGACAAGGCUCUUUCAGAGCCUCUUCAGUUUGGUACACCCAACACUGAUUUGAUCCUUGGUGUGGUAUCAUUCGAUAUCGACAAG